AUGAAGGUUUACAUGUGCCUGGUUCUCCUGAUGGUCGUUGGAGGUGCCUUGAGUUUCGCACCAAGAGACGACUUUCUUCAUGACAACUUUGGGAAAAGAAACUUUUCCGAAGGGGAAUCUCGCGAGAUGGCAGAGAGGCAUGACUUUCUUCAUGACAACUUAGGGAAAAGAAACUUUUCCGAAGGGGAAUCUCGCGAGAUGGCAGAGAGGCAUGACUUUCUUCAUGACAACUUUGGGAAAAGAAACUUUUCCGAAGGGGAAUCUCGCGAGAUGGCAGAGAGGCAUGACUUUCUUCAUGACAACUUAGGGAAAAGAAACUUUUCCGAAGGGGAAUCUCGCGAGAUGGCAGAGAGGCAUGCAAAAAUGAAGGUUUACAUGUGCCUGGUUCUCCUGAUGGUCGUCGGAGGUGCUUUAAGUUUCGCACCAAGAGACGAAUCUCUUCAGCGCGUCUUUGUGAAAAGAGUCCUUACCGAAGGCGAAGCUCAAGAGAUGGUGGAGAGGGCGGCUCAUGCCGACAUGUUCAGGGCCAUGCUGCAGCUGCCCAACGGCUACGACCGGGAGUUCUACUCUGCCUCACUGGCCCAACACCAGCUGCAGUUCAUGGAGCGAAUACCCGGCCACGUCAAAGCCCUGAUCCGCCUGGUGAAGUACUUGGCUUACGAGUGCCUCCCGGACAAGCUGCACAAGUCCUACCCACUGGAGUUGAUCACCGUCUACCGCUGGGAGAACGCUGGUAAGCCCCAGCGCAUCAGCAAGGCCCAGGGGCUGAAGGACGUGCUGCAGGUGCUCACCAAUUUGAGAGGGUUGCGGCACUACUGGACUUACCUUUACUACGCUGCACUGGCGAAUCAGGCCAUCACCCAGCUCGGCUAUAUCAAUCCAAUAGUUUUGGACCCAGCCAAUCCAACCAACAACGCGUGCUGGGUUUACCAGAAGGGCAACAACAUCAUAAUGAUUGAGGAAGCUGCCCGUGCCACCCUGAAGUUCAAUCUUCUCAAGGACGUCGUUGUCUCUGCCAACUGGAAAGGUUAAAUAGCGACCAAUAAUCGCCGGAAAAAGAAAGAGAGAAAGAAAAGCCGGAACAAU